AAGAGAGAAACAGAAGAAAGAGUAAGAAAGAGUGCGAGUAGAGAGAGAGAAAGAGAGACUGAGUGAGAGAGAGAUACAGAGAGAUAAGAGAGAGAGAGGCUUCUGUGGAUCACUUCCUCUGGCUGACAGGCGUCCGAGAGUUGGGGGCGGUGAAGAGGAGAGGAAGAGAGAGGAAGAGGGGGUCAGAGGGAGCCGGGGAGUAAAAAAAGGAGUGAAAAAAAAGAAAAGAGCGAAGGAAAAAAGAGAAGAGGAACGCCUACGCUGGAGUAAGCAGAGGAAGCCAGCUCACUCUGACAGGAUUUUUCUGCAGCUGAGGUUUCUGAGGCUUUCCUUCUUCUUCUCGGGACGUUUUUCACUCCUGCGUCUGUAACUCACCUCGCAGACCGUGGAGAGGUAGAGAGUAGAGAAGAGGGGGAAAGAGAGAGAGAGUGAGAGAAAAAAGGAAAGGCUGAUGGAGGAGUGACGUCAGGCUCGGUGCUGGACUUCAGAAUUCCUCUCCCACACCAGCCUCGCCGGACUUCCAGCCAAGAUGUGAGCCGACAAGUCUGUUUUUGUGCUGGACGCUGGACUUCCUGAGUUUCUGGAGGUUUUCUCCCUCUUCGUUCUCUUUGGGUGGGGGUCCAUAGUCUCGCUUGGUGUGGUGGGGGGUGUCCAAUGCUUGCUGUUACAGCUUGUUGUUGUUUACUUUGAUCUGGAUAAACCUCGAGCCCCAGAUGAAGAAUAAAGCCUCCAAGCAGAAGUCCAAGCGGAAAGGAAGCGAAAAUGCGUUCGGCUGUGACUUGACGGAGCACCUCCAGAAUUCAGGACAAGAAGUUCCUCAUGUCCUGAAGACGUGUGCGGAAUUUAUAGAGGAGCAUGGCAUUGUGGACGGAAUCUACAGACUCUCAGGAAUCACCUCAAACAUCCAACGUCUCAGACAGGAGUUCAGCUCCGAGCUGUGUCCUGACCUUACUAAGGAAGUGUAUCUCCAGGAUAUCCACUGCGUCGGCUCCUUAUGUAAGCUCUACUUCAGGGAACUGCCCAACCCACUGCUGACCUACGAACUCUACAAGAAAUUCACAGACGCUGUGUCGGUCAAAGAGGAACAUGAACAGCUCCAGAACAUUCAGAGUGUCAUUAAAGAGCUUCCUGACUCCCACUUCAGAACUCUGGAGUACCUGGCGAAGCACCUGACUCACCUGGCCACUCUUAGCCACCACACCAACAUGCACACCCGCAACCUGGCCUUGGUGUGGGCACCAAACCUGCUCAGGUCUAAGGAGAUCGAGGUGUCCUCCUGUAACGGUGACGAGGCGUUUCUGGAGGUGCGUGUGCAGCAGUCGGUGGUGGAGUUCAUCCUGAACCACACGGAGCAGAUCUUCAACCCCGGAGACGCGCCGCACAAGCCUAAAGAAGGUCCAGGAGUGACGUGUGGGGAGAAGUACGCCACCCUGCCUGCGAGUACUCAGUGUGGGCCGAUGAAGCUGAUGAGUCUGGAGGAAGCUCAGGCUCGAUCGCUCAGCCCAAACCACCCGGCACGGAGAGAGCGGCAGAGAGAGAACAGCCUGCCGGACACCAGCACGGCCGCCAUGUACCACACCGUCAUCGACCUCGCUGAGAACAAGAGAAAAUUCUCUGGGAAGUCGAAGAAGUGGAAGGCCAUCUUUAGCCUGGGCCGAUCCGUCACUGACGCCAAAGGGAAACUGAGUCGCAAUGGGAGUGUAUUCAUGAGAGCACAAAACAUCUCAGAAAAGACUGGGAUACGACCGUCAAAGAGCAUGGAUUCCCUCUGCUCUCUGCCAACAGAUGACGACAAAGCCGCAUCCGCUGGAGGAGCAAAUGGAUUCAUCGCCCCUGUGGUGAAAUCCCGGACUCUGGGUUCGGACAUCAACUACGACCCCAGCGAGCAGGAUCCAAAGUGGGAAUUUGACCUGCGGAAAGCGAGCGGGGUCAUCGGGGGCAGCCCCGGCAUGAAACGACGAGGGACUUUAAAUACCUCAUCUUCAUCUCUUCCUCCUUCUUCCUCCUCUUCAUCUUCCCCGCUGCAGAGAGCUCUUCCCGAACAGCUGAAGGUGUUCAAAGGUGACGACCUGGGCGCCUGCCAGCCCACAUCUCCCAAAAACCGACGGAUGCUGUACUCCGGCUCGGCCCACAACGGCUCCUCUAGGCCGUCGUUUCCAGGGAGCCUUUUCCCGCUGGAGUCGUCACCGCGUCAUCAGCGCAAGGCCCUGAACAUCUCUGAGCCAUUCGCGGUGUCCGUGCCGCUGCGCGUGUCCGCCGUCAUCAGCUCCAACAGCACCCCCUGCAGGGCGCCGGGGAAAGAGCGGGAUCGUUCUUUGGGAGAACGUUCUUUUCUGAAACCUCGAGAGGCCGGACCCCCAGAGCCCCACCGCAGCGAGAGCCUGGGCAGCACUGGCUUCAGAGAGUUGGUUCCCAGCAGCACGGGAAGUUUCGGUUUCCGAGACAGGGACAGAGCGCUGGGGGGAAGCGCUGGGAGCAUUGGGUACAGAGAGUUCCCUCUCAGUGACAGCAGUGGAAGCAGUGGAUACAGUAUCUAUAGCAACAGCAGUUCUGUCCCCAUGGAGAAGGAGGAGAGUCAAACAGUGGAGAGGGGCACCAGGGAGGUCCCCCCUGACAAAGUGGCAGAGAGCAGGGAUGCAGAAGUGAAGGAACUACUUGCAAAUGUGGAAGUGCCUGACAACUUGAUGUCUUCUCAGCUGAAAGCUACAGAGACUCAUGAAAUGUCUCAAUCCUCUGGGAAAGAACUGGACACCAAACCAGUACAGCUCAAUGAGCCCAAAAAGCUGGACCAACUGGACAUUGUGUCAAACAAUCAGGAGCCGUGGCCUAAUUUGCAUCAUGAGCUCCGGAUCACAGAGCCUGAAACAAACAUACUGGAAGAUCAGCUUAAAGCCAGUGGCUCUAUGACCAGAAUCACUGGAAAUGAUGGUGCUCUCAAUUUUAAUGCUCAAGCUAAAAGAAGAAGCAGUUUACCUACUCAGCCCGUAUCGUCAAAGGGACACUUCACAGACAUUGCAAAAGGUUUGCUGAUGGAUCAGGCAGGUGCUACUGUUUUUAAUGCAAUGCUGGGGCCUUCGCCAGAAAGAUCAUCAAGGAAUGACACUGGUUGGAAUUACCUUGACAGCAGUGAGGUUAAAAAGGAUCACAAGAGCUUGGAUUCUUUUGAGUCGCUGGACAUAAUGGCAAACAAGCUGCAACUCUCACCAUUCUUUCAUUUAAAGGAGACAGAUAUUCUUCAAGAUACUGAGCCAUGGCCUUCCAGUGAAGAUACUUGUAUUAAUUCAGUGAAACAAAAUGAAGUCAUCAUUACGGGAGAGUCUUCUGGUCCUAGUGGUGGUAUCGAACCAUGUCGUAAAAACCCUGCAGACAGAAGUGUACACUUACCAAAGGAGGAUAGCCACGAAAAGGACAAGAAGAAGACUAACAGUAUUAGUGUUGAUCUAACAGCCAAAGUAAAGGGAAGUAUGGAGAGGCUCUCGGAAUGCUUGGAUGAAAGACGUCUCACUGCCGAAAUUUCACAUCAAGAUGAUGAGGACAUGUGGGGGAGUCAUUUGGCUGGAUUGGAUCAGGUGGAACCCUGGGAGGACUUGAGCACCACCAAACAGUGGGUGACUAGCCCCCUGCACUCACCAAAACUGGAAGAUCUUUUCCCCAUGCUUAAAACAUCAGUGCCGGUUCCAGUAACGCAAAGAAAAGCAUCUGGAGAGCUUAACAUCGAUCCUUUGCAAAAAGAAAAGAAGGUUGUAAAGGAAGAACCUCUAUCAGGGAACAUCACAGUUUCACCAGAAGAAAAUACUGCUAAGACCAGAGAAUCUGACCCUGCACCUAUUAGUCCUUCUGCCAAAGCCACAGAGGCAGAUGUGGAUGAAUGUAGUCUUGUAAAGAUAACAGAGCUUGUUCUUGGUGCUGACUUUGAAGGAAUCGGAGAGAAAGCUGAGUCUAAACCUGAAACCUCACAGCUUGCACCAUUCAAGACCACCACCCACCAGGAGGAGACUACCAGAAUGCCAAAGAGAAACAUCGGUGCCCCAAAACAGAAAAGUUCUGUCUCUUCCCAAAGAUUUCACAGACAAAUAUCCCAUGAGCCCUGCAUUGCAGAAAGAAACGAGGAAAAUAUUGCUCCAAAACACAGACCAUAUUCCCUAAAUCUGGAUCUGGGACACCGGUGCAUCAGGGACAUCUCAAACCGGCAGAACCUUGACCUCGCAGAUGGUUCCUGUUCACAAAGGGGGUCAGUAACACCUUCUGGGACAAAGUAUGAUGGGUUGUCUCUGGAAUUGGAGAUGUUCCUGAAGGAUCGGCAAGCACCCAUGCGACGCAACUCCGCUCCAGUCAGUGUGUCUUCCGUGCGCACCGCAUUCAUGAUCAAGACAUGUCAAGCAAAAGCUGUGCCUGUUAUACCUCCCAAGAUUCAGUACAGCCACAUACCCCAUCCAGUUCUUGAGAAGGGGUCAGGGGAUCAGGAAAAAAGAAGUGGAUCUGAAAGGGAACCUGAGAAGGCCAAGGUAGAGAAAGCAGAUUCUGUAGCUCCUCUCCAGGUAGUAAAAGAUUGCAAAGAGGAAAGGGAAAACUGCGAACCAGUCACAAGGAUCCAAAGGCAGGCAUCCAUCGAAAGACCUACAGAAACUUGUAAGCCAGUACCUACCCCCGAUCUCCCAGUCUUGAGAAGGAAGCGGUCUGCCAACGGGGACUCCUUCAUGGACUGUCCAAGACCAGAACGAUCCACCUUGCUUCAAAGAUCUUCCUUCCGGAAUCGGCCAAGGCCUCAAAGCCUUAUUCUCUUCAGCCCUCCCUUCCCUAUCAUGGACUACCAUCCGGUGGGGGAAGAUGGCAAACUUGUCCUGUCACCCAUCAAGAGUCCUACUGAAACCUCACCACUUGAUGUCUUCACUAAAGAACUAGCAGAAAACCUUAAAACACCGGAGGGGGUCACCCUACGAAACAAAAUGACUUUGCCCAAGAGUGGACAGAGGCUGGAGACCUCUACCAGUUGCUUUUACCAGCCCCAGAGAAGGUCUAUGAUUUUUGACAGCAGGAGUAACCGGCAGAUCGAGUGAGCUGUCCAUUGUACUUGUGAAUAACAUUCACAUCAUGGCCAGGAUGCAUCAGCAUCUAACUACUGAGUGUGAUGUUGGUUUGUCAUUAUUCAUAGUGACUAAACAUUCUUGAAUUGCAAGUUCUAGACAUGAUAAAUACAGAACUUUAAGUAUCAGGCUUGGGUGUAAAAUGCUGCUGCUAGUAGAGAAUGUCACAAGAGGCCACUUCUACCCUCUAUAAAAGCGUGAAAGCGUUUUAGGAAUGCAGCAUUAAAAGCCUUUACAUUUUUUUGUUCUUAUGAACCUGAAGUGCCAAAGAUGUUUCACUGCAAUCAGAUGUAUGCAGAAAUUUUACAUAACACAAAUAAUCCCCAUGGGUUGUUUUUUUUCUUAUCAGACAUCCAAAUAGCAUUAAAACCUGCAAUGUGAGUAUUUCAUUUCCAUUUCAUAUCAAUUUCAGGGAUUGUUGUCUGGGAUCCAAAAUGCAAUUGAAUUACUUUUAAACAAAUGGGCUCUGCAGGUUAUUACCUUGAAUGACAAACUUCGCCUACGAAAAGGCAGAAACACAUCUACCUAUAGUAUUAUGUCAAGUCUAUGUUUUAAGAGAGAAAAAAGGGGAGAAAAAAAAAUUAAAAGCCAUUUAAUUUGUUAUUUAGCUUAAAUUUCUUUUCCUUUCUUCCUCAUUUCUGCUAAGCUGAAAAAAUGUAUUUCCUUUUUUUUCUUAUUUCUGUUUCCAGUGUUGUAUAUAUCAAAUGUGCCCACCAAAUAUCCAGUGUUAUAAGUACUGAAUGUUUUGAUGUGCUGAUGCACAAUAGUUACACAUAUAGAUAGAUUAAGAUGCAUUAACUUGCACCUGGCCUGAUUCAAAGUACUGAUUUACACUUGUUAGAAUUUGAGUUACUGUUAUUACUGCUGCUUGGAAUCUUCCAUUUGCAAGAUGUAUUAAAAGUGGAGCUUUAAUUUAAAGGAUGCCAUGCCAUUCAACUUCUAAAUAUGUGUCAUCGUUCAAAACUCUAUGAUGAUUUGAUUGUACAAAAACUGCCUGGAAAUUCAACCAACGUAUUUAUUUAUGCAAUUUAUGUCUAAUGACGUUGCCAGUUUGUUGUAUAAAACAACUCAUUUGUCAUUACAAGUAAAAGUGUACAUUUUGAUACAUGAUAUUCAGGCAUUUUCUGCUGAUGCCGAAGUCCUGUGGUCCUUUUGUAGAGAACAGAAACGCUUGCUUUUACAUAGUAUAAGAAAAUAAGUAGGGCUUCUACUGUGAUAAAGGUUUUUAGGUUUGGUUGGUUGGUGUCAAAGUAUUUUCAGAUGUUUUUGGGCAGAAAAUGAACGACGGACCAUUAAAGAUCUAAAACGUGGGAACAGCAAGGUUGAAGAAAGUUGAAGAGAGGGAGAGAGAAAGCACACGUGUUCUCCAGAAAUGUACAUUAUAUAUAUGUAAUCUUGUAUUGAGACAAAGAAAAGAAAUUGUAUGUUGUUCAUAACUGUAACCAAAGAACACUAACUUUGUAAUCUAUUUUUUUUUGUAUCGCUCAAAGUGGAUUUAUUAUUAUAUGCACCCAAUGUAUCAAAACCAAUAAAUAUACUUAAUAUGUACUGUA